GAUCAGCGUAAGGAAGCAGCAUCUAGCUCCAAGCAUCCCCAAGCCAAGAAAAAGCCUCUUGUUUUGACUAUCAAACCAAGGGAGAAGACGCGUCCAUCAAUGGCGGCGAGAGCGAGAGCGGUGGCAGCCACGUCCAGCAACAGCAGCAUCCUCCUGGCCGCGGCGGUGGCACUGGCGCUGCUGGUGUCGUCGGCGUCGGCGCAGUCCGGUUGUACGACGGCGCUGGUCGGCCUGUACCCGUGCAUGAACUACAUCAGCGGCAACGACACAGCGCCGACCAAGUCCUGCUGCUCGCAGCUCGGCUCCGUCGUGCAGUCCCAGCCGCAGUGCCUCUGCAGCGCCCUCGGCGGCGAGUCGUCGUCGCUGGGCGGCAUGACCAUCAACAAGACGCGCGCGCUGGAGCUCCCCAACGCGUGCAGCGUGCAGACCCCGCCGGCGAGCAAGUGCAACGGCGCUGGAGGCGGCAGUGCUCCGGGCGCUGGCUCGGGAUCGAAGACGACAUCGACGGCGUACUUGCAGGGGAGCGGUGGGUCGCCGCUCCAGGGCACGGCCGGUCGUCUGGUGUUCGCGCUCUCGGCCGCUGCGGUCUACGCCGUGUCCACCGUGUGAGUUCUCGGGCUAUCGGCCACUGGUCCGAAGCACUAGCUGCCUGGCGAUUCAGAGAUGUGUUUCUUGUGAGCUGCCUGGCUACUACUCCCUUCGUCCGGAAAUACUUAUCAUCAAAAUGGAUAAAAGGAGGUGUAUCUAGACGUAUUUUAGUUUCAGAUACAUCUCCUUUUAUCCAUUUUGAUGACAAGUAUUUUCGGACGGAGCGAGUAUUAUUUACGCCAUGUGUGAGAUAUUAUUUACAAAUCACAAUAUUUUUAAACCACGAUAGUUUAGCAUUAGACUGAGGAGUAUUGGUCAGUGUCGUGUUCCACAUUUGUAAUAUUAUUGGUCGUUUUGAUGCAGUCACAGUAAGAUCAACACAGAGAAGAAAGAUCUUUUUUUUUA